UUUUCAAAGCAUUUUCCAUUUUCCACUUUCCACUGAAGUCCGACUCUUUAUACUGUAGAUGUUGGAGAUUUAUAUAUAAAGCUAACAAGUGACAAUCCAAUCAAGACUCCAAACAGCCAUUCUCGAGAGAGGAAGAUCAUUUUGCAGAAGCACCUCAACCAUCCCCAACUGGAAACGUCCCCAAUGGUCAACAAGAGAAUCCGAGAAGCCGUCUUUUCCUCCUCGUCUUCUUCGAUCUCUCGAUGGAAUCCCGAUGUCUUUUUGAGUACUUUCAGUCAGGAUCCGAGCGACGACCUCUACAGUGCUUUGGUCGAAAAAGGGAUUCGCACUUUCAGAGACGACGAAGACGACCACAAGCGAAGAGAGAAAGCAAUUGAACAAUCUAGGAUCGCCAUAGUCCUUUUCUCAAGAAAAUACGUUUCUUCGAUUUGGUGUUUGGAUGAACUGUUGAAGAUACUUGAAUGCAGAAGCAGCAUCAGGACUGCUCUUACUGUUUUACCUGUUUUCUGUGAUGUCGAUCCUUCGGAUGUACGGAAACAGACUGGUAGUUUGGAGGAAGUGUUUGCCAGAUAUGGAGAGCUUUUCAAAGAUGAAAAAGAGAAGGUAGAGAGGUGGAGGGCAGCACUUACUAAAGUUGCUAAUCUUUCUGGUUGGGAUCUGCAUAACGUUUCCAAUGGGCAGGUGGGAAAAUUUAUCCAAAGAAUUGUCGAUGAUGUUGUUUUGAUUAAAAGAAGUCGAACACCAUUGAACAUCGCUUGUUAUCUUGUUGGAAUAGAUUCCCGUGUUGCAACAUUGAUGAAUUCAUAUAUAUAUCUCCCUCUAUGUGUUCAUAAAAAAGAAUAUCUUUCUCCGUGUGAAGUUCGUAUCAUAGGGAUUUGUGGUUUUAGUGGAUUGGGUAAGACAACCAUUGCGAAGGCCGUAUAUAAUAAAAUUUAUCAUAGGUUUGAAGGUUGCAGUUUUCUUGAGAAUGUUAGAGAAGUUUCACAACAACCCAAUGGUCUAACUCAGCUACAAGAACAACUCCUUUCUGAUGUCCUUGUGAAGAAAAACUUGAAGAUAAGCAACGUUGAUAGAGGAAUAAAUAUGAUCAAACAAAGGCUUCACUGCAAAAGGGUUCUUAUCGUUAUUGAUGAUGUUGAUCAUCCAGAGCAAUUAAAUGCAUUGGCUAUUAAGCAUGAUUCAUUUGGUAUUGGACGUAGAAUCAUUGUCAUUUCAAGGGAUGAACAUUUGCUAAACGAGGCUGAAACGUGUCAAAUUUAUCAUCCUGAAGAGUUGGACUCUCGUGAAUCUCUUCAACUCUUUAGUUGGCAUGCAUUUAAGAAUGAUUCUCCACCAGAUGACUACAAGGAGCUUUCAAAGGAGGUAGUCGGUAAUGUCAAAGGACAUCCAUUAGCUCUUGAGGUUAUGGGUUCUUCAAUGUUUGGCAAAAGAAGCUUAUCUGAAUGGGAGAAUGUAUUAGCCAAACUAAAAAGAACUCCUGGUGAUCAAAUUCAAAAAAAACUUAGAUUAAGUUUUUAUGAUUUAGACGACACAGAGAAGGACAUUUUCCUUGAUAUCGCAUGCUUCUUUAUUGGAAUGGACCAAAGCUAUGUAUCUAAAAUACUAGAUGGAUGCAACUUGUUUCCAGAUAUCGGAAUCCGUAUUCUCAUUCAAAAAUCUCUUAUUACAAUUGAUAGAGACCAGAAACUAAGGAUGCAUGAUCUUCUUCGAGAGAUGGCAAAAGAAAUUGUUCGUGAAGAAUCUCCUGAACAAUCAGGAAAACGUACAAGAUUGUGGUCACGAGAGGAUGUUUGUGAUGUAUUGGUCAAACAUGAGGGAACCAAAUCUGUUGAAGGUAUCAUCCUAAACAUUUCUCAAUUUGAGGAUGUGUGUUUUAAUACUGAAGCAUUUGUAGGCAUGCAUGAUCUAAGAUUGCUUCAACUCAAUAAUGUAAGCCUAAGGGGAGGAUAUGAACAUCUCUCUAAGAAAUUAAGAUGCCUUUGUUGGCAUGGAUUCCCUUUGAAUUCUAUACCUACCGAUUUUGACAUGGAGAAUCUUAUUGUUCUUCACAUGGAAAAUAGCUGUGUUAAUGAGGUUUGGAAGGAAAUCAAGCUGCUCAAAAGGUUGAAAAUCCUGAACCUUAGUCAUUCGAGUUACUUAACGAAAACCCCCAACUUCUCAGGAGUCCCCAAUCUUGAGGAACUGAUCCUUGAAGAUUGUAAAAGUCUGGUUGAGGUUCACCGAUCCAUUGGGUAUCUUGACAAACUUUUUGUGUUGAAUUUGAGAAAUUGCAAUAACCUUAAGAAGCUUCCAGACAGAAUUGGUAUGUUGAGAUCUCUGGAGGAACUGAUCCUUGAAGAUUGUGAAAGUCUGGUUGAGGUUCACCAAUCCAUUGGAUAUCUUGACAAGCUUAUUGUCUUGAAUUUGAAAAACUGCAAUAAUCUUUUGAAGCUUCCAGACAGCAUUGGUAUGUUGAGAUCUCUUGAAGAACUCAAUCUUUAUGGUUGCUCAAAACUGGUGCAAUCUACUUCAUGGUUUUCUUCAUUCCCCCAAUAUCUCUGUUCGCUAAGAAGAAAGCGUACUUGUACCUCUUUGCUUCCUGCUUCUUUCUCUGGUUUAUGCUCUCUGAUAAAAGUAGAUUUCAGUUACUGCAAUCUGUCAGAAGAUUUGAUUCCCAAUGAUUUCUGGAGCUUGCCAUUGUUGAAUGAAUUAAAAUUGGAGGGGAACAGAUUGUGCACCCUACCAGCCAGCAUUAGACAUCUUUCUCGGCUUGAAUCGUUAACACUGAGACAUUGUGGAGAUCUCAAACUAAUGACAGAUCUUCCGUCAAGUUUAUCGAAUUUGGAUCUAGAAGGUUGCUCAAAAAUGGAAAUAUUACCAUCCAACAUCAGUGAUCUGUCUCGACUUUUGUGUCUUAAUCUGAAUGGAUGUAGGGGGCUACAGUCAUUUCCAAAGCUUUCAUCGCACUUAAAGCAGUUGCUGACAAGCGGUUGCACAUCUUUGCACGGAAUAGACGUUGUGGACUUACAGUAUUUACGAUAUUUAGUUGUCAACUAUGAUUACUUCUGUAGUAAAUCGGAUGAAAUAAGUUGUCUUCCUAAUCUUGAGAUCCUAACUUUGGAAGGCUGUGAGAGUCCUCAAACACUGCCAAAGCUUCCAUCAAAUUUAGAAACCAUGUUUGUAGAUGAUGACAUAACGAACUUCCAAUGUGAGGAGAUUCAGAGCAUGGAAACUUCUCAAUCUAUGCAAUGCAUUCGCGUGGAAGAGUGCCGCCAUCUGGGGAACACCUUGAGGAAGAAUAGCCUUUUCCAGGAUAUACAUAGGGGUUUUGAAGUAUGGGGUCGUGGGAGUGAGAUUCCGGAAUGGAUAAGCCAUCAAAAUAUGGGGUCUUCAAUAUCCUUUGAGGUAUCUGCCUGUUUGGGUUGUAAGAUCCAAGGGUUGGAUGUAUCUGCUGUUUUUUCAACUGGAAAAGAACUCGAACUAUUCCGUUCUAUCACUGUAAUUUAUAAUAAAACCAAAGAUAUUCAAUGGGAACCCAUUGUCGGAACAUCGCAACUCAGACGUCACCUAUUUCUACAAUUAUGGGUGCGCCAUGUUACAAUUGCUGAGCUUCGGGAUUUCUCGGAAUGCGAAGUUGGAUAUGGCAAUAACUUCGAAGUUGGGGAUCAAGUGGAGGUUUCAGUAGAAAUUUUGGAAAUGAUGGGUGGAGGAAGUUUGCAAGUGAAGAGGUGUGGAGUCCUGCUUGUCCACAGGCCAGAUGAGGAGAAGAACCUAUCAGAUGAUCGAUCGAUGGUGGAAUAUAUGUCUGCUUCUGUUGGUGAUGUUGUUAUGGAUAGAAAAGAAUCAGUAUUGGUUCACAUCGAAGAUGAGAAUGAGAGUGGCCACAAUGAGGGCAUUGCAGGAUUUGGCAUUGAUGCCAAAAGAUUGGGGAUUGGCCUGUGUCCGACUCUUUAUACUGUAGAUGUUGGAGAUUUAUAUAUAAAGCUAACAAGUGACAAUCCAAUCAAGACUCCAAACAGCCAUUCUCGAGAGAGGAAGAUCAUUUUGCAGAAGCACCUCAACCAUCCCCAACUGGAAACGUCCCCAAUGGUCAACAAGAGAAUCCGAGAAGCCGUCUUUUCCUCCUCGUCUUCUUCGAUCUCUCGAUGGAAUCCCGAUGUCUUUUUGAGUACUUUCAGUCAGGAUCCGAGCGACGACCUCUACAGUGCUUUGGUCGAAAAAGGGAUUCGCACUUUCAGAGACGACGAAGACGACCACAAGCGAAGAGAGAAAGCAAUUGAACAAUCUAGGAUCGCCAUAGUCCUUUUCUCAAGAAAAUACGUUUCUUCGAUUUGGUGUUUGGAUGAACUGUUGAAGAUACUUGAAUGCAGAAGCAGCAUCAGGACUGCUCUUACUGUUUUACCUGUUUUCUGUGAUGUCGAUCCUUCGGAUGUACGGAAACAGACUGGUAGUUUGGAGGAAGUGUUUGCCAGAUAUGGAGAGCUUUUCAAAGAUGAAAAAGAGAAGGUAGAGAGGUGGAGGGCAGCACUUACUAAAGUUGCUAAUCUUUCUGGUUGGGAUCUGCAUAACGUUUCCAAUGGGCAGGUGGGAAAAUUUAUCCAAAGAAUUGUCGAUGAUGUUGUUUUGAUUAAAAGAAGUCGAACACCAUUGAACAUCGCUUGUUAUCUUGUUGGAAUAGAUUCCCGUGUUGCAACAUUGAUGAAUUCAUAUAUAUAUCUCCCUCUAUGUGUUCAUAAAAAAGAAUAUCUUUCUCCGUGUGAAGUUCGUAUCAUAGGGAUUUGUGGUUUUAGUGGAUUGGGUAAGACAACCAUUGCGAAGGCCGUAUAUAAUAAAAUUUAUCAUAGGUUUGAAGGUUGCAGUUUUCUUGAGAAUGUUAGAGAAGUUUCACAACAACCCAAUGGUCUAACUCAGCUACAAGAACAACUCCUUUCUGAUGUCCUUGUGAAGAAAAACUUGAAGAUAAGCAACGUUGAUAGAGGAAUAAAUAUGAUCAAACAAAGGCUUCACUGCAAAAGGGUUCUUAUCGUUAUUGAUGAUGUUGAUCAUUCAGAGCAAUUAAAUGCAUUGGCUGUCAAGCAUGAUUCAUUUGGUAUUGGAAGUAGAAUCAUUGUCAUUUCAAGGGAUGAACAUUUGCUAAACAAGGCUGAACCGUGUCAAAUUUAUCAUCCUGAAGAGUUGGACUCUCGUGAAUCUCUUCAACUCUUUAGUUGGCAUGCAUUUAAGAAUGAUUCUCCACUAGAUGACUACAAGGAGCUUUCAAAGGAGGUAGUCGGUAAUGUCAAAGGACAUCCAUUAGCUCUUGAGGUUAUGGGUUCUUCAAUGUUUGGCAAAAGAAGCUUAUCUGAAUGGGAGAAUGUAUUAGCCAAACUAAAAAGAACUCCUGGUGAUCAAAUUCAAAAAAAACUUAGAUUAAGUUUUUAUGAUUUAGACGACCCAGAGAAGGACAUUUUCCUGGAUAUCGCAUGCUUCUUUAUUGGAAUGGACCAAAUCUAUGUAUCCAAAAUACUAGAUGGAUGCAACUUGUUUCCAGAUAUUGGAAUCCGUAUUCUCAUUCAAAAAUCUCUUAUUACAAUUGAUAGAGACCAGAAACUAAGGAUGCAUGAUCUUCUUCGAGAGAUGGCAAAAGAAAUUGUUCGUGAAGAAUCUCCUGAACAACCAGGACAACGUACAAGAUUGUGGUCACGAGAGGAUGUUUGUGAUGUAUUGGUGAAACAUGAGGGAACCAAAUCUGUUGAAGGUAUCAUCCUAAACGUUUCUCAAUUUGAGGAUGUGUGUUUUAAUACUGAAGCAUUUGUAGGCAUGCAUAAUCUAAGACUGCUUCAACUCAAUAAUGUAAGCCUAAGGGGAGGAUAUGAACAUCUCUCUAAGAAAUUAAGAUGCCUUUGUUGGCAUGGAUUCCCUUUGAAUUCUAUACCUACCAAUUUCGACAUGGAGAAUCUUAUUGUUCUUCACAUGGAAAAUAGCUGUGUUAAAGAGGUUUGGGAGGAAAUCAAGCUGCUCAAAAGGUUGAAAAUCCUGAACCUUAGUCAUUCAAGUUACUUAACGAAAACCCCCAACUUCUCAGGAGUCCCCAAUCUUGAGGAACUGAUCCUUGAAGAUUGUAAAAGUCUGGUUGAGGUUCACCGAUCCAUUGGGUAUCUUGACAAACUUUUUGUGUUGAAUUUGAGAAAUUGCAAUAACCUUAAGAAGCUGCCAGACAGCAUUGGUAUGUUGAGAUCUCUAGAGGAACUGAUCCUUGAAGAUUGUGAAAGUCUGGUUGAGGUUCACCAAUCCAUUGGGUAUCUUGAUAAGCUUAUUGUCUUGAAUUUGAAAAACUGCAAUAAUCUUUUGAAGCUUCCAGACAGCAUUGGUAUGUUGAGAUCUCUUGAAGAACUCAAUCUCUAUGGUUGCUCAAAACAGGUGCAAUGUACUUCAUGGUUUUCUUCAUUCCCCCAAUAUCUCGGUUCGCUAAGAAGAAAGCGUACUUGUACCAAUUUGCUUCCUGCUUCUUUCUCUGGUUUAUGCUCUCUAAUAAAAGUAGAUUUCAGUUACUGCAAUCUGUCAGAAGAUUUGAUUCCCAAUGAUUUCUGGAGCUUGCCAUUGUUGAAUGACUUAAAAUUGGAAGGGAACAGAUUGUGCACCCUACCAGCCAGCAUCAGACAUCUUUCUCGUCUUGAAUCGUUAACACUGAGAAAUUGUGGAGAUCUCAGGCUAAUGACAGAUCUUCCAUCAAGUUUAUCGAAUUUGGAUCUAGAAGGUUGCUCAAAAAUGGAAAUAUUACCAUCCAACAUCAGUGAUCUGUCUCGACUUUUGGGUUUUGAAGUAUGGGGUCGUGGGAGUGAGAUUCCAGAAUGGAUAAGCCAUCAAAAUAUGGGUUCUUCAAUAUCCUUUGAGGUAUCUGCCUGUUUGGGUUGUAAGAUCCAAGGAUUGGAUGUAUCUGCUGUUUUUUCAACAGGAGAAGAACUCGAACUAUUCCGUUCUCUCACUGUAAUUUGUAAUAAAACCAAAGAUAUUCAAUGGGAACCUGUUGUUGGAACAUGGCAUGUCAGACGUCAGCCAUUUCUACAUGUUCAAGACGAAUUGUGGGUGCGCCAUGUUACAAUUGCUGAGCUUCGGGAUUUCUCGGAAUGCGAAGUUGGAUUUGGCAAUAACUUUGAAGUUGGGGAUCAAGUGGAGGUUUCAGUAGAAAUUUCGGAUAUCAGUGGAGGAAGUUUGCAAGUGAAGAAGUGUGGAGUCCUGCUGGUCCACAGGCCAGAUGAGGAGAAUAACCUGUCAGAUGAUCGAUCAAUGGUGGAAUAUAUGUCUGCUUCAGUUGGCGAUGUUGUUAUGGAUGGAAAAGAAUCAGUAUCGGUUCACAUUGAAGAUGAGAAUAAGAGUGGCCACAAUGAGGGCAUAGCAGGAUUCGGCAUUGUUGCCAAAAGGUCGAGGAUUGGCCUGUAA